AGCACGUUAUUUUUGUAAGGAUUCAGUUAUUGACUAUCAACACAAGAACAUGCUAGCUCUUAAGCCAACACCUUCGAUCAGGUCAACUUUCUCCGGCACCGCCCUCCGCCGUAGUCCACUGCUCAAUGGUAUUCUGGCGGCGGUCUCGUUUCCCCGGACUACUAGGUCAUGGCCCCUGGUUCGUGCCGUCAUCAGCGAUGACAAGACAGUGGAGUCACCGAAAACGUCAUCACUCGAGCAGAAGGACAGUGACGGCUCGGUGUUUUCCGGUUCUUCGGUUAAGGAAGUCAGGGCCGUUGUUACUAUAAGGAAGAAGAUGAAGGAAAAUGUCACGGAGAAGCUUGAGAAUCAAUGGGAAAUGUUGAUGAAUGGGAUCGGUCGGGGGAUCUUGAUUCAGCUCAUCAGUGAAGAGAUUGAUCCUGUUACGAAUUCGGGGAAGAGUGUCGAGACUUUUGUAAGGGGCUGGUUGCCUAAGCCUUUAGAACAUGUCCACAUACUCGAAUACAUAGCCGAUUUUACGGUCUCGUCCGACUUCGGUAAACCCGGCGCCGUCCUGAUCACCAACCUCCAUGCCAAGGAAUUUCACUUGUUGGAGAUUGUGAUUCAUGGUUUUGAUGAUGGCCCUAUUUUCUUCCCUGCAAAUACUUGGAUUCAUUCUCGGAACUAUAAUCCGGAGAGUCGAAUUAUAUUCCGAAAUCAAGCAUUCUUACCAUCACAAACACCAUCUGGCCUUAAAGAUCAACGAAGGGAAGAUUUGCUUAGUAUUCGCGGUAAUGGGAAAGGCGAGAGAAAGCCUCACGAAAGAAUUUACGAUUAUGAUGUCUAUAAUGAUUUAGGUAAACCAGACAAGGAUCAAGAUCUUGCUAGGCCGGUUUUGGGCGGCGAGGAAAGGCCUUAUCCGAGGCGGUGUAGAACCGGCCGGCCGCCUUCGAAGACAGAUCCACUUUGCGAGAGUAGAAUCGAAAAGCCCCAUCCUGUUUACGUACCUCGGGACGAGGCCUUCGAGGAGAUCAAGCAGGACACUUUCUCUGCUGGGAGGUUGAAAGCACUUCUUCACAACCUUGUACCAUCGAUCGCCGCUACUUUGUCGAGUUCCGAUAUCCCGUUCACAUGCUUUUCGGACAUCGAUAAGCUGUACAUUGACGGGUUCGUCUUGAAAGACGAUGAGCGAAGAGAAUUAGGCGACAAUCUAUUCAUUGGCAAUACGAUCAAACGGGUUGUAAGCGUUGGCCAAAAGUUGCUGAAAUAUGAAAUCCCAGCAAUUAUAAGAAGUGAUAGAUUUUCAUGGUUGCGAGACAAUGAAUUCGCACGCCAAGCUUUAGCUGGAGUCAAUCCAGUGAACAUCGAGAUUGUGAAGGAAUUUCCGAUUCUUAGCAAGCUAGAUCCUGCUAUUUAUGGCCCUCCAGAAUCAGCAAUCACAAAGGAAUUGAUCGAGCAAGAACUUCAUGGAAUGAGUGUAGAUAAGGCUAUCGAGGAAAAAAGAUUGUUCAUACUUGAUUUCCAUGACAUGCUUUUGCCUUUUAUCAAGAUGAACAACUUACCCGGGAGGAAAUCCUAUGCCUCCAGGACGGUGUUCUUCUACAGCAAGACCGGUAUGCUAACACCGAUCGCAAUCGAGCUUUCACUUCCUCCCACGGCUUCGUCGUCUCGGAAUAAAUAUGUUUAUACUCACGGGCACGAUGCUACAAAGCACUGGCUCUGGAAACUGGCAAAAGCUCAUGUUUGCGCAAAUGAUGCCGGCGUCCAUCAGCUUGUAAAUCACUGGUUGCGGACUCAUGCUUGCAUGGAGCCAUACAUAAUCGCAACUCACCGGCAGCUUAGCUCGAUGCACCCUAUUUACAAGCUACUUCACCCUCAUAUGCGUUACACGCUAGAAAUUAAUGCACUCGCACGACAAAGUUUAAUUAACGGAGGUGGGAUAAUUGAGGCUUCUUUCAGCCCCGGAAAGUAUGCCAUGGAACUGAGCUCUGCUGCUUAUGAGAGUUGGCGGUUCGACAGGGAAGCAUUGCCUGCGGAUCUCAUUCAGAGGGGGAUGGCAGUGGAGGAUCCUUCAGCUCCUGGUGGGCUGAAACUCGUGAUCGAGGACUACCCUUAUGCGGCUGAUGGACUGCUGAUUUGGUCUGCAAUCAAAGAAUGGGUACAAUCCUAUGUGCAACACUUCUAUACCGAACCCGAUUCGGUCACAUCCGAUGUUGAACUACAAGCCUGGUGGAGUGAGAUCAAGAACAGAGGUCACCAUGACAAAAGGAAUGAACCCUGGUGGCCUAAACUCACCACCAAAGAAGACUUAUCCGGCAUACUUACAACAAUGAUCUGGACUGCGUCAGGCCAGCAUGCAGCUAUAAACUUCGGACAGUACCCGUUCGGAGGAUACAUGCCGAACCGUCCCACUCUCAUGCGGAAACUUAUCCCACAAGAAACCGAUCCUGAAUUCGAGAAAUUCAUUCAGAAUCCUCAGCGCGUAUUUCUAUCCUCAUUGCCAACACAACUUCAAGCAACCAAAAUCAUGGCUGUUCAAGACACCUUAUCAACUCAUUCACCGGAUGAAGAAUACUUGGGCCAAAUGAACCAUCUUCAUAGGAGCUGGAUCAAUGAUCACAAAGUGUUGGAAAUGUUCGACAAAUUCGCCGAUAAACUCAGGGAAAUCGAGGAAACGAUAAACAAAAGAAACAAGGAUACCCGACUUAAAAACCGAACGGGUGCAGGCGUUCCUCCAUACGAACUACUGCUUCCUUCAUCAGGCCCUGGCGUAACUGGUCGUGGAAUACCCAACAGCAUUUCAAUCUGAUGAAUUUUGUUGUUGUAAUAAUACUAGGUUUCUUCAAUUUUAUGUUAUUAUUACUAUUACAGUUGAUGCACCAUUUUCGCUUUGUGUAGAGAUCUGAGACAUAUACUUGUAAAUUUGCAAUCAUAACAACAAAAAACAUUUUGGAAGCAAAUUCUGAUC